UGGUGCAUUUUUUAAUAUUUAUUUUUGUACCUCAAAAUGUAAAAUGAUCGACCAGACGUUACGGCACAGUAGGUGGCAGCAUGUAGAAACUAACGUGUGAACGACACGAUAGCAAAGAAGAGUCUGAAGUUAAACACAUCUGGGAACAACCAAUAGACAGAGAUGAAGUUUGACCAACUGUUUGAAGAAAAAUGAUUUAUAUAUUUGUUUAAAAAUAUAUAGUUUUCACCACCCUUUACUGAAGAAACAACAAGAAAACAGCCACGGUAAGCAACGCUUAUAGCUGAGAAGCGUUUGGAUAAGGCAGAAUAACUUGUUAAUAAUGCCUUGGGUUCUCGAUAGCAACAUCAAAAUGAAAACUGUCAUUAUGUUUUGUAUGAGACUGAAAGGUUUUAGGUUCGUGUCAAUGUAAAAGUAUUUCCCCCCUUCUAAUUUCCUUAAUUUUGUGGCUAGAGUUAAAUACUUUCUGUGGCACACAUCAGAGUCAAAUACUUUCUAUAGAACUAACUUCACGUCAGGAUAAGCAACCGAAAUGAAUAAUGAAUGUAUGUGUGUUAUAUUAAACAUAGAGGAGGGAGUAAAAUGUAGGCAAGCAAUAAACAUUUCAGAACAACUAUGACUGAAUUAUUAUCCUUACUCCUUCAAAAAUACUAGUCGAAUAAGACAUGGGGUAUAUGACACGUUUUGGCAAAGAGAUGUAUUUCUAGACUAAUAGAAAUCAGUAGCGGAUUUAGAUACGGGCGACAUGGGCAGCCACCCAGAGCGGCAUACUGUGCCCCCGUGUGCGGGCGGGCGGGCGGUAUACAAGCAAGAACCGACACAUACACUUGAAACAAAUAGCCAAACCGGAAACUGCAGACAAAAAUGCUUUCUGCUACUAAAAUCAGUGAAAUGUAGGCUGAACUGACAACGCAGGGAAGAGCAGACAUCUCAACUACCAUGCAAGUCGCAGCAAUGUAGAACGCGAAGGGGGGAGAAUCGGUCAGGACGGAGAUGUUCGGAACAACACCUGUUGUCUUGGCUCGUUCAGUGUGACGGUGUGGGCCGGCGGAUUAAAGGACGGCCGUAGGCUCCGACAAACUUCUGUCAGUGUCCAUUUUUUUGUGUGCCUUUAUCAUGUAGUGUGGCUGGUGUUACGAGCCGAUCCCGAGGCCAGCAAGUUAUGACAUGAGUGGACGACGCAGCGCUUUAUUGCUAAUGGUCAGGGACGAGGAGAAGAUGAAGAGUCACCGUUGUGGUAUUGAAGUCGACCGUCAAACAAUGGAGAAGUUUUUUGAGGGGUUUGGUUUCCAGUAUCACAGUGUGCUGGACAAAACAGCUCAGGAAAUGAAGCAGGCAGUAAUAAACUUCAGAAACAGCAUCAACAGUAGCAGCGGAAACAUCAGCUGUGUGUUUGUGGUGACUUCGUCUCACGGACACCGGGAUGUCAUCAUAGGUGCAGAUAAAAAGACGCUGUCAGUAAAAGAUAUAAUCGAACCGUUUGGAGACGAGCUGUGUCCCAAGAUGAAGGGGAAACCUAAGGUCUUCAUCAUAGAUGCCUGCAGGGGGAGUAACCAUGAUCCUGGAGUUCACUUUGAUUCUGCUGCUGAUGAAAAACUAUCAAAGGAAGCCCUGGCCACACAAGAGUACCGGUCCACUCGGGUGCCACCGUGCAUCAAUGACAUGCUGGUUGCAUAUGCAGCCAUGACAGAUUAUGUGGGCAUGAUGAACAGCACUUCUGGUUCACAUAUGAUUAACAACAUUAGUCAAGUGUUUUCCUCACCUGAUGCAGCAGAAGAACAUGUCUACAACUUGUUUGUGAAGGCCAACGCCAAGAUGGUGGCAACACCCGUAGAUGUCACAGUCGAUAAAGGGAAGCCGACUCAAAGAACGGAACGUCGUAAAAUAAUUAUGACAAUGGAAUCCACCCUCAGGAAAACCCUUUACUUGAGAAGUCCAAAUUAAUCUGCUGUUAAAACAAUUGAACAGAAGGGUAGGAAGUAGAUUUAUUUGAGCUUUCUGUUCUCAGCAUUACUUAUACAUGUUAUUUCCUUGCUCUAUUUUUUCAAAGUCAGAAACCAUAAUGUCUACAAGGUCUUCCCACUGUAAUAUCCCUCUAUUCCUCCAUUUUGUUUUUUACAUUUUAAGAAAUUCUUAAACCAGUAGUCAGAUAAAUGUACAGAUUCUUCAGUGGUCACCAACCUUUGAGUCAAAACUGCAAGCCAAGAUCUACCACUCAGAUUUUUAUUUUAACAUGACUUAAAAAAAACCUAAGGUUUAACAUGAACCAAUGAAAGACAGUACUGGAGCAUUGGGGUUUGUGCAGUAGGCAAGGCACAAUACAUUAUCACUGCAUAUUGGCUAUGCUUGGAAUUGCCCUGCCAAUGUUGUUCUUCACAGACCAUUUUGAAAUAUUAUAUGAAACAUGUGUAGGUAUAUAACGACACUGUUAAUAACGACACGUGUUGUAUUACAUGUGAGACACAGCUGAGUGAGCAUAAUCAUUAGUUUUUUGUUUUGUUUUACCGGACUGAUGGCCUAUAAUAUGAUGGUCAGUCUGAGGAGAGGGAGGGAAGAGCGGAGAGGCUGCCUCUCUCCUGACCCACCGUCUCUCUGCUCUCCCUCCCUCCCCUUAGAAAAGGGGACACAGCUGAUGGUCAGUCUGAGGAGAGGGAGGGAAGAGCGGAGAGGCUGCCUCUCUCCUGACCCACCGUCUCUCUGCUCUCCCUCCCUCCCUCCCCGUAGAAAAGGGGACACAGCUGAUGGUCAGUCUGAGGAGAGGGAGGGAAGAGCGGAGAGGCUGCCUCUCUCCUGACCCACCGUCUCUCUGCUCUCCCUCCCUCCCCGUAGAAAAGGGGACACAGCUGAUGGUGAAGCUCAAGAACGCACUGCAUUAUUUCUGCCUCAUGCACCAAUUCAUGUUGUUACUCCUGAGACCAGAGAAAGUGGAAUAUUCCUCCAUAUUAAAAAGACAAGCCUCUAAUAAUAACAAGGCAAGUUUAUGGGAACACUUUCCUAUACUCCUUUAUAGCAGCUGCAGUGCUGGUUGUAGCGUCAGUGGAAGUAGGAAGAAUGUGCAUUUUCUGGCUUAUGAAAGUGUUGACAGUUGUGAAUAACAGCAAACAUGAACUUCCUCAUAAAAACAGCAGCUCUUUGCUGUAUUCAUUGAGUCUGUCUCUAGUCAUGGUUUUAAACGUUGUUAAAUCUCACAGUGUAAACGUUGCUGUGCGUUCCAGGUUUCGGUCUAUAGUCUAUGACUCGAGGAAACUGUGCAGACACAGUGAUUGGUCAGUGGUAGGCCUAUAGGUGCACUUGAUUUUCUCUCUGGGCCUGCCGGGUAGGCGGAGUGUUACCUUCAGACACAUGAAAUGGUUCAAAAUGGGAACACUUUGCCUUCCACGGCGCUAGGGCUGCUGAAUCAAGUGCACCUAAACGCCAACAGCGUGAAACAACAAAUAUAUAAUAUAACGCUUUAUCCACAGAGUUUCUAAACCCAGAGGUGCAACAUCGGGACACUUCCGUGAAAACUUGUGAAACAGACCAGGCCGGGGGGUUUGAGAAGUCGAUGAGAGAAGUGAAAAGUCUUCCUUAGUUGUACAUUUUCUCCUGAUCUAAAGGAACAUUCUAGAUUUGAACCAAUGUCCUCAGUAGUUGAACAUGUUAUUACUAGAAUCUUGUGAAAGUGGCAAACUGAAGCCUUUUAAUUUUCGUCAAAAACAACUUUAUAUCGAAGGAGUGCCUUUGAAUUAACGGUCUGCACAUGCUCAGUUCAGUGCCAGACGGCCAUUAGACCCGAUGACGUGUUCCUCUGCAUGAGCUCAGCUAGCCAACGUCGCCAUUACAUCGCAUACAAGUGCGAUCGUGGAUUUCUAUUGAAGAAGCAGUUUUAGUCUUCAUACUGUACUGUCUCUGCUUUAUCGUUGGGUUUUUUACAGAAAUGUUUGGUGAUGCCUUGGAGAUCAACCAGUUGGUGACCACUGACUUAAACUGUAAAGUUGCAACCAUUUAAUACCUUUUUUUGGGUGAACAUUUUUAUUUGAAUGUUUUUUUCUCGACACUAUAGAGAAAUAAAAACCUUUCACAUGA